GAACUAAUCUCAAGAACUCUCAGCCUGAUGAUGCUCUAAAUAUAUGCUUCAUUCUUAUUCAAUGAUCAAUCUCGGUUCUGCGACGACGGUGAUCUUUUCCUUGAUUUUGUUACAACAACAACAAUUUCAUCGACAACCAUCCCAUCAAGAAACCGCUACGAUUCCUUACUUGAGGAUAAUAUAGUCGAAUAUGACGUCGUCCCUCGAUGAAGAAAUCUUGGGUGAGGAUAUUGCAGGGCACGAGGAAGGUGCUCAAAGCAGUCCGCUCGAUGGAGUCAAACCGCCUCCAUACAAGUCGUUUCGAAAGAAAUAUCGCAAAAUGCGAAUAAAGUUCGAUGAAGCUAUGCGCCAAAAUAAUCAUCUAUUUAUGGAGGAGCAGUUGGCAGAUGAGACAGCGAAGAAGUUGGCGCGCGAAAAUGACCGACUCAUGGAUCUACUACUAGAUAUUAACAACUCUGCUCAAAUACCAGCAGAUAAGCGUAUCGAUUUAAGCGUCGGCGGACCUGCUCUUGCAGACGUUCCUGCUUUGGUCACAAAAGAAGAGCUUGCACAAGCUGCCGAAGACACAUCACCUGAAGGCCAAGCCCUUUAUAAGGAGCUCCAGGAUUUAUUAAAAGACAGAGAUGACACGAAUAUUACGGAUAAACCAACCCAAUCUCUUGCGAAACUCAUGUCGACCGUUCCACAUAUAUCUUUGAUGAAUCCUCACGUCUCUCCUGAAUCGUUGGCCGAUUUCGAGCCUCAAUCGGGCAAGACGCAUCCAAUUGGUUACAUGUCUCUGGAGGAAAUGGAUAAAUACCUUCACGAAGUUGAUGCGUCCAUAAAUGUAGUCCCUGGCAUGGCAACCGUCGUCUAUCCUCCCACAGCACAAGAUGUUACACUCAAGAAUACUCAUAGUGUUCUCAACUGGCUCAGACGUCAUGAGCCUAAGAUAUUUCUUCAAGAUGGGGAAGGUCCUAUUGAAAAAAUAAACACCAAGCCUGGUGCUUUACGUGGAGCAGGAAAACGCAUUCACAUUCCCGCGCCCGCUCGUCAAGAUUCCUUGGAAAUUGUUGAAGAGGAUGGCAUUGGCUAUGAUGCUACUUUAAGCGGAAACAGCUCUAAAAUCAAACGAAAGCGAGAUGCUGAAGAUGAUGGUGGAUAUACACCCAAAUCCGGUAACCCAAUCAAUAGGACUAAAAGACAAAGACCGUCAAAGAAAAAGUCUGAUCCACCUGGCGAAUCAACUCCUUCCUCGAUCUCAAGAAAGAGCAAACCGAGAGCAAAGAAUUCAUCGCCUGUUGACACGGGUCCAACUCCGCAUCCUUUUGGUCCGAUUGAUUAAACGAUCUUUAGCUUACUGAGCAUGAUUCAUCUGCACGUGCUCUAAGCCAUGGAGGCUUUGUUUAUCAAGGAGAUAUAGAACUUGAAGCGCUGCAACACUAAUUCGGGGAAUUUGAUAUUGAGAUUGUAUUUUAUAGGAAGGGAAGGGGGUUUUUAUGAAUGGAUGGAUUUCUUUCUUUCUCGGAGUUAGGGGCAAGGUAUUGAUAUCUAGUUCGCUUCUAAAUGCAAAGGGGUUAAGGAAAGAUGCAUCAUUUGUACGAUACUGGGGGCUAGGAAAAUAUUGAGAAAUCAAGGGCUUAUUGUUUCUCCAAAGAUUCAUAGAGAAUAGUCAAGGAAUGAAUAAAAGCAAAGGAAUGAUGCUUAUUGGGUACUUUCUUGAUGAAUUAAAUUUGGAUGCUUGUGGCUACUUGAUAUUGAUAUGUAUGCAUCAAUGAUUUGUUCAAGAAGAAUUCAUACUAUCAAGAUGCGCUAGUCAGAAGGAAAAGGGAUAAAAGUGUUAGCGAGAGGAGAGAAGAUCGUCA